CGCUGCCGCUGCUGCCCAUUUGAUUUUUUUCUUGACCGAUUCCUUCCGAUGUGCAUACACCGCUAAUAUUCGGAACCAAGGCUCGGUAACACCCAUACCAUUUAGCCCUGCAACGAUCAACGAAAAGUCAAAUUUGUUCCACUCCAAUGCUCAGUAAAUCGAAGAAAAAAGUUCUCUUCUCUCGACGUUUCCACCCGUUACAGCAAGCAGGCAAGUGCACACGAAGAAAUGUCCUCGCGAAGAUCGCGAUCGCGACAUUGACCGUGCCGUUGAAAAUCCAGUUUUUUUAGCGCGCGGGUAGCGUUCAACUUGCCCGGUCAACCCCCGUUGAUUACCACGACGAGAUGUUAAAGUUGGCUGAACUUGCAGAUUUGAGCUCAGUGUCCACACCAGUUCUUGUCGGGAAGGUGGAUCGUACGGUUCGCGAUGGAGGUUGGUGUUGUGAUCUUGCACUUGUUGAUUGGGAUGAUUGUCGCGAGUGGUGGGUCGGAGUUGGAGGAGAAUUUGGUGGAGGGUUGGUUCAACGACGAGGACACGGAACUGUUGGUGCCGGAGUUGAUCACCAAGUACGGGUACAAGGUCGAAGGCCACACGGUGAUCACCGAGGAUGGGUACGUGCUGAAGAUGUUUCGGAUUCCGCCAAAAAGGCAAUUGAUGUUGAAGAGGAAACCAGUGCUGUUGGUUCAUGGAGUGCUUGCAAGUUCUGCUGAUUAUGUAAUCAGUGGUCCCAACAGUAGCCUGGCAUACCUUUUAUCCGAUAAUGGCUACGACGUCUGGCUGGCAAACGUGCGAGGAUCGCGUUACUCUAAGGAGCACCUUAGGCUUCCGGUUGAGUCCAAAGAGUACUGGGACUUUACGUGGCACGAAAUUGGGUACUACGAUCUACCGGCCAUGAUCGACAACGUUUUGAACGUAACACAUUCCGAGAAGCUAUUCUACAUUGGUCACUCCCAAGGAACAACCGUGUACUUUGUGAUGACCAGCACUCGGCCGGAAUAUAACGACAAAAUCGCCCUAAUGACUGCCCUCUCCCCGGCAGUUGGUCUACAGCACGUUCGGAGUCCGAUCCUGCGCUUCUUGCUCAACAAUGUGGACAAGAUCAAGAAGAUCUUCGACGCGUUAAAUAUUCACGAGUUUAUGCCGUACAGCGAUCAGCGUCUUCCACUCGUUCGAGCUCUCUGCCAACCGGAUGUGAGGAAUAACCCUUGCGUUCGCGUUCUUGCGCUAGUGGCCGGUCCAAAUCCAGCUAUGCUAGAUCCGCGAUUAGUUCUAACCUACCAAGGUCACUUUCCCCAGGGAGCCUCCGUCAAGCAGAUGCUGCACCACGCCCAGGUCGUCAACGGCGGGGGACGCUUCCGACAGUUUGACUAUGGCUGGGAGGGUAAUUGGGAAAGGUACGGCAGUUUGGAACCUCCGGCGUACAAUUUGACUGCCUCAACCGCUCCGGUGCUAAUUUAUUACGGCCUGAACGACUGGAUGGUUCACCCGAGGGACGCGCAAAGGCUUUCCAAACAACUGCCACGGGUGAUCGCCGCGGUUCCCGUUGCCGACCGGAAGUUCACCCACAUGGACUUUAUGUUGGCGAAAAACGUGCGAAAGGAGCUGUACGAGAGGAUCUUACCCGUGCUCGAGAAGUAUGACCGGGUGCGGUAGCAUACAUGUGAUUUUUUUUUAGAAUAAAGUAAUUAGAGUAAAAAAA